GUUCGAAGUGGUUGACCGAGGAGUGAGACUUAGGUUGGUUUCAAGUAAGGCGUCGGGAAGGAAACGGCGUAGGAAGUCAACCUGUUAAGUCAGUGGUGUGGUGAGCCAGGACGCCCCCAGGUCUGAGUGUCGCCAGUGCCCGCCGCCGCAGCCUCCGCCACGAUGCCGCGCCCCGCCAACGCCAAGAAGAAGCGUGGGUUCAUGUUCGGCAGCCUUCUCAUGUGCUGCCUCUCCGCCUCCCUGCUGGCCACCUCCUUCGCUACGGAGUAUUGGUUCGUGUCAGACUCUAAGUGGUUCCAGGGAGAGAGUGUCAUUGGCAACGGCGCCGUCUACUUUGGUCUCUUCUCGGGAAUGAACGAGUUUCUUGAUACGACGUCCAACCGGAUUCACACUCUCUACGUGGUGUGUCUGGACGGGGACUGCAUGUACAGCUGCGCAACGACCAAGGAGACCCGCGAGGAGCAGCUGCAAAUGCUACUGGACGGGGAGACGGUGGGCCUCAAAGUGAACUGCCCGAGAGGACAAGACAGCAACGCAAGAAGCCCGCUCAUGAUGCUCCACUCGCUGCCCGGCCAGACCAAGGGAGCUGUUGAGAGCCCUGGACAGACACAUUUACUGAACCCACUCUAUCCGGCGCCACUAAGUCCGGAUUCUGCAGGUGUGAAGGCAGAGGGUAUCGAACACAUGCCCCCAGAACCCCUGUACGACCCUCGCGCCACGGAGACCACCUCGGAGGCGCCCACAUCGGACGAUCUCGAGUUCAUGGAUUACGGUCUGUGGGUUGGGACCAUCGCGUGCCUGAGUGCCGGGCUGCUGAUGGCCGUGGUGGGCGCGCUCUUCGCCGUGGUCAACACUGCAACCACGCCCGUCGAGGCCAUCACGGGCGUACCUGGACUCUACCUCUGGAACGCACUGGCAGCUAUCUUCGACAUGAUCACCGUUAUCCUGUGGGCCGUCCAGUUCCAUAAGCACCUCUCCUCCAACGUUCUCCUCUACGACUCCAGCGACGGAUGGACUACUGAAGGCAUGGAGGUCUUCGGCUACUCCUUCUGGCUGGUCGUGGUCGCUAUCUUCGUCCACGUCGCUAACAUCGCCAUCAUCGCUAUCGGAACAUACGAGCCAAAGAAGAAGACUCAGCUGGAGGCGCCGGACAGCAAGGGCGGGAACAUUAUGCUCUACUGAGGAGGCUGCAACUCAUCCGCCAUGCCGCCUCAUCCACUCCUGACCCUCCUCUUCCCUUCCUCUUCCUCCCUCCUUGGUGGUGCCGAUGGGGGAGAGGAUGGGAGAGGACGCCACUCGUCGGUCUGAUCGCUACAGUAAAUAAAGGUGUAAAGACGGACUUGGCAGCGGACACAAAGCCGGGAGUGGAUGGAGAGGACCUUGAGUGUUGUGAGUGUCCGCGGGAAGGGCGAAGAAAAUCUGGUCCCAGGAAGAAGGGGAAAAAGUGACGAGAAAGAGGAAAGGCGGAAAUCUCGUGCCAGGAAAACGGGAAAAAAAUGACAAAGCGAAAAUAAGAUGUCAGGAAGGGAAAAAAAAAAACAGAAAAUGCGAAAAUCUGGUGCUUGGAAGAAGGGAAGAAAGUGACGAGAUACAGGAAAGGGGGAAAUAUCGUGCCAGGAAGGAAAAAAAUGACAGAAAAUGCGAAAAUCUGGUGUCAGGAAAGGAAGGGGAAAAAAAGAACAUAGGGUAUAGGAAAAUAGUGACAUAAGAAAGGAAAAAUCUGAUGCCAGGAAGGGAAGGAAAAAAAGAAGAGAGGGGAAUGGAAAAAUAGUGACAGGAAAAAGUGAAAAAAAGCGAAAAUCUGAUGCCAGGAAAGGAAGGAAAAAAAAGGAGAGAGGGAAAUGGGAAAAUAGCGACAGAAAAAAGCAAAAAUCAGGACCCAUGAAUGAUAGGAAAAAAAAGUAACAGAAAAUGCGAAAAUCAGGUGUCAGGAAGGGAAGGGAAGGGAAGAAAAAUGGCCAGGAUAAGUUGGAUGCAUGUCUUGUGUUAGGGAGCUGUAUGUACGAGGGCGGAAAGUUGAGGUUUAUAAUAAAUGCUUUUAAUGUACAGUGGUGGUAGCGAAGCCAUGAA